AUGUUAGUGGUUAGUGUUCUCGUGGCGUGCAGUUCCGUUUUCGUCAGUUGGACCACCGCCGAGGGUGCCGAGCCCCCCGAUGACCCCCGGAACGCCACCCCCGCCCGAUUGGACCCCCGGAUGGACCUAAAACCGGCGGCCGCUUCGGGAUAUAUCUUCAGGCACGACGCCAACAGCAAACCCACCCUCAUCAGAUUUGGGGAUCAUAAUUUGGACCAGCUUGAGGAGUUUCUCAAGAAGACAGGCUUUGCGAGCUCACUGCCGGGGUCUCACAGAAAACCCCCCGAGAGCCCGAUCGACGACAGUGGGGGGCACUACCCCUCAGACCCCCCUGCGUCCCCCGAAGCCCCCCACUACGUGCCAUUCGACCCGUCCUCGCUAGACGAGGACUCCGUCGACCCUCAUGUGCCACUUAACUUUAACUUCUCAGGUGCCAACUACGACGUCAACGAAGUCAACUAUGAUGACGUCAACAACAGUGACGUCAAUGAGAAUGACGUCAACGAGGAUGACGUCGGCGAAGACCCCGACUACGACUACCAAGAAGAAACAACAGAAAGCGGGCCGGAGGCCGGCAAUUCCACCUCCGGGGCGGACUACCCCGAAUACUCGGAGGCGACACCCCCGACCGACGAGCAAGAGAGCAAUCUCGAAGACAAGCCGGAGGGGUUCGACGAACCUGCCGAAGCGCAGAACAACUCCCCAGCCAAGCGCCUGACCUCUCCCACCGUCAAGGCCUUCAUCGCGCCGAUCUUCGACCUGGGCGGUAAAGGCCGCGCGGGACCUUUGCUAGAACCACUCAAGUACUCCACGAUCGGGCACCACAAGAACGAACCCUUCCACAGCCCCCUAGUGGACGACACAUACGACGACCACGACACAUACCGUCACCACCCGCGGAAGUACUCGAAAGGAGGCGGCAGCAGCUACGACUCAGGCUUCCACUCGAGUCAUGGAGACAAGGGGUCGAAAGGCUACGACAGUGCCCACGACUUCCACGACGGCGAGUACGGACACCACGGGAAGGAAGGCAAGAAGGGAUACUACAACGACAAGGCCGGGCACAAGAACGGGUACCACGACGGAGGAAGCCAUUACGGGACGCACCACGCGGGGGAGCACGGGAAGAAGGGGGCGGCGUGGGGCGAGACGGGGCACCACAAGAAGGGGCACAAGACGACCGGGUACCACAACACGUACCACAAGGACGAGUACAAGAAGGAGCACAAGUUCUACGACGACGCGCACAAGGAGGGGUACCACGACAAGCACGGCUCGCACCACGCGGACCACGGGAAGCACUCGGGCGGCAAGAAGCACGGCGGGUACCACGACUCGGCCUACAACGAGGGGCACAAAGGGAAGUCAGGGUUCUAUGAUAAGGGGCACUUCGAUAACGAGCACGCCGGACACAAGGGCGCCAGCGGGUUCGACUCUAACUUCGGGAACUUCGAUGAGUUUGGGAAGAAAUCCGGCUUCAAUGAGCAUAACAAGUUUGGAUUCAGCGAUUUUUGA